AUUUUUUUUAUAUAUGGUUCAUUCCGUCAUUUUGCUAAAAAAGUUGUGUUUUUGUGCAAAUUUUUAAAAUAUUUUUGAUAAAAAACUGUUAAAAGGAAUCAACAUGAGCAACAUCAGUCCUUCAGCUGGUAAGAAAAAAAAAACACUUUUUUUUCGUUUUGUAGCUUGUUGAGGAAAUAGUUUUCCACCAACAAAUAAUAAUAUAAAAAGUAAACAUUAAUUUGUGUGUGGAAAAACUCAUAUUAUUAUAAUGUUUUCUAUUGGAUUAUUUAAACAAAAAGGUACGAAAACAUAAAUUAUUCUAAACAAUUCAAAGGUUGACGUGUCACAUACAGAAAGAAAAUACUUUAUUAUUGUGAAUCUCCCACACAUUGUCAUGUUUUGCCUCUGCGAUCAAAAUUACCUAAAACACAAUUAUUGCAUGUUAUUCCUUAACAAAUUAUCUUAACAAUAAAAUAAUUAAUUAUUAACAAAGUCCAAUGUAGUAUAUUUGGUUGCCUACUAAUUCCAAUUGAAAAAUUCCUUUAUUGUUCAGCUGCUUUUGGUGAAAGUUAAAAUUUUAUUACGGUACUUUGUUCUUGUUUAUUUCUUCUACAGUAUGUACCAGCUUGGCAACAUGUUUAGUUAGUUUUUUUAUGAAAUCGAAAAAAUGAACAAUGAGGGUGAGAAUCCCUCUAGCUUAGAAUACAUUGAAGAUCCAUAUUUCAAUCCCAACGACAGCACUUCGACCCCAAGCUUAGAUAACCUAGAAGACACCAACAGCGACUUAGAAGAAUACGACAUUCUCGAUAACGAAUUGGAUAUUUUUGAUCUGAGACAGCUGGAUUUCGAUGAGGUGACUAGUAGUCACUUGCACCAGGAAGAAUCCGUUAACGUGGAGGCUGAAUUUUUCGAUGUGAAAAGAGCCAACGUGAUAAUAAGGGCAUUUUUGCGUAACAAAGUCAAGAAACAAGUCAGGGUCCGGUACAGUGAUCUGAGCAAGCCUUAUUUGGCUAAAUUACCAAAAGAUAGUAAUUUUAGGAAGUAUUUAGCUAUAAGUUUGAGUCAGAGUGAAGAAGCAAUGGCAGCUGACCAUGUCGCUCCUGACCUUUCUCAUCUCACUGAAGAAGAAAAAGAGCAACAGGAGAAAAUAUGGCGUGAAGAGUUGGUGCAAAUUGAAGACGAAAUCGUCACUCUGAGGACGGUUUUGGGCUCGAAAAUGCGCCGCAGCGCCGAACUGAAAAAGAACUUGGGAAUCACUUUUUUGAAAGAGGUUUCUGACGAUAUCAAUCAGGGCAUUAAGAAUGUUAAGGAAAGCAACGUAUAUCAAAAGACCACUUCAGUCAUAGGAGGCUUCACAAGCAAUUUGACUAGUAAAUUGGGACAAAUGAGGCAUUCCGAAUCGUUCAGAUCUAUCGAGGAAAGAGUGGGGUCGGCUUACGAAAAUGUCAAAGGAAAAGUUGUUUCUAGAUCCGGCUCCCAGCACAGUGUCAACGAUGAGGCUAGAUCCAGGUCUGGAUCUGUAGCCACCAGCCCGACCAUCCAGGAAGAGAAACCGUUGGCAUAAGCACUUACUUAAGGUAGCAAAUUAAAUUCAAUAUUUAUUCUCCAACCAGUGAGGGCCUUCAAUUUUAAUGCUUGUAGUUUAUUAUAUAAUUAUAAUUAUUAUUAUUGGUGGAUGUGAGAAAUAAUAAGUAUUCCUUUUAAAAAAAUCAUUUUUUUUUUUGGGUUUGAAAGUGUGUCCUUGCCAUUGGAAAAAAAUCUUUUGCAUUUAUUGUUAAUUAUUUAUUUGAGAAAUAAAUAUUAUUGCCUCUAAGGUAUUAUUAAAUUAAAAUUGAUAAAAAAUAAAAUUAUUGGUGGUUUAGUCCAAAAAAUGAAAUGGGUCGUUUUUUUUUUGUACAGGG